GCUGGAAGGUUGAAGGAAGCGGUCACGGUGGUUCCUCCAAGAACAGGACAGGGGUGUGUGAAUCCCUGGAAGCCACAGGUUACUGAGGAGCCCGCGUCGAGCAUCUCCGCGUCUCUCCCCGGUACAGGGCAGCUCCUCUCUCCAUCGGUAGGGCUGGGAUGGCGGUGCAGGUGUCGGUACUUCCUUCCCCCCGGUGUCUGUUCGAUGAGCCGGUGCAGAUUUGCGUGGCGGGACUCCUGCCCUGGCAGACGGUCACCCUCCGAGCCAGCCUGGUGGAUGAUAGCGGGGAACUUUUCCAAGCCCACGCUCGCUACAGAGCUGGGAGCAGCGGGGAGCUGGAUCUCAGCCGCUGCCCCUCUCUGGGAGGCAGCUACUCGGGAGUGGAGCCCAUGGGGCUGCUGUGGUCCCUCCAGUCCGAAGCUCCCUAUAAGCGCCUGGCGAAGAGGAACGUCCUGACCCCUUUCUGCGUGGACUUUGAAGUGUACGCGGGACACGAGAACACGAGCCACUUGCUGGCCAAAUGCACCAACGAGAGAUGGUUUUUAGGAGAGGGGGUGAAGAGGAUUCCGAUCAGAGAAGGUCGCUUGAAAGCAACCCUCUUCCUCCCUCCUGGACCUGGUCCAUUCCCUGGACUUAUUGAUCUGUAUGGAUCUGGAGGAGGUCUUGUUGAAUACAGAGCAAGUCUGCUGGCUAGCAGAGGCUUUGUGACUCUGGCUGUUGCUUAUAUGGCCUUUGAAGAUCUCCCUGCCAUGCCAGAGGUUCUUGAACUGGACUAUUUUGAGGAAGCUGUCAACUUUUUGCGGAAGCAGCAGCAGGUGAAGGAUACUGGGAUUGGUAUUCUGGGCUUGUCUAAAGGAGCUGAUCUGGCCCUUUCCAUUGCCACAUUUCUACCUGGCAUCAAGGCAGCUGUCAGCAUAUCUGGAAGUGGUUUUAAUACUUUCAUCCCCCUGAAGGGGAAUGGAUUCACUGUUCCUGCUCAUCCAUACGAUCUGGGGAGGAUGAAGACCGAUGAAGAUUCUGAGCUGGUAGAUUUUACAGAUGUUCUAGAUGAUCACAGAGACCCAGCAACUUCGGCUAGUCACAUUCCACUGGAGAGAUCCUUGGCCAAGUUCCUCUUCCUGUCUGGACUGGAUGACAAGAACUGGAAAAGCGAUCUCUAUUGCCAGGAUGCUGUUCAGCGCCUUCAGCAGCAUGGCCAGGAAGUGGAGUUUUACUCCUAUUCUGGAGCAGGACACCUUUUGGAGCCACCAUACUUGCCUCUGUGCCAGGCUUCAAUCCACAGAGUGCUUGGGUUGUUUGUGCAUUGGGGAGGGAAAUGGAGGGAGCAUGCCAAAGCCCAGGAAGAUGCCUGGCACAGGAUACAGGCCUUUUUCUGGCAACACUUGAUGGACUCAGACAUCCCUAAGAGCAAGCUGUAGUGGGAGCUGGCAAAAGUGCUGAUGAGGGUUGGUAUUUCAGCUCUCGUGGAAUCUAGGCACUGAAAAUUUCCUGGCCCUCUUUCCUCUGAACCUCAGUGUUGUGUAGUUCUGUAGUUUAAUUUCCCAAAUAAUGUUCCAAUUUUUAGUUGAAUGUCAGAUGUCUUUUGUCUGCAGCAGCAAUGUGUAGAUUAUCACCUGAUCUGCCUGUGUGCUGGAGGCAUCUGAGAAAAGCCCAGCAUCUGAGAAAAGCCCAGCAUCCUAUCAUACAAAUUUCAUAGAAUCAUAGAAUUGGAUGGGUUGAAAGGGACCUCAGAGAUCAUCAAAUCCAACCCUUGAUCCA